AUGAAUCAAGGUGGUAAUGUUUCUCAACGUCCUAAAUCCAAAGACCCUGGGUGGAAGUACAACAAGUGGGAAUUUCCUAAUGACAAAAAUUAUGUUCGUUGCAAUUUUUGCGGGUUUAUUAGCAAAGCGGGAAUUUGUAGGGCUAAACAACAUCAGAUAGGAGGUAACGGAAAUGUUAAGAAGUGUGUAAAGGUCCCAGAUGAUGUUAAAACUGAGCUUAUUGAAGACGUUGAACGACAAAAAGCAAAGAAAAAUAAUGAUGACUACCAAGAUUUGGCCAUUGAUCUCGAAGAUGGUGGAUAUGGAGAUGAUGAACCUGAUAAGGACGAGGCUGUUGAGAACCAGAAUACUCAGAACAAAAGAGCCCGAGUGGAGAAACCAACUAGUAGCAGGUCUAAUGUGAAAGGACCGUUAGAUUUUUUGGUGACCAAAGGUAACAAUGACACAAAGUAUGUGCCACUAAAAGUUCCUUAA